AUGGCCGAGACCGCCGCCUCGCCCGUCCAGAAGCCCAAGCAUGCGCCGCUGAAGGACGAGCACGAGGUCCUCGCCACGGCUCUCGAGCACCUCGUCGGCGACACCGAGGCCACUGCGGCCCAGAUCCUGCGGCUCAAUGCCGACCACUCGGCCAUCACGCCGGGCAUCGCGUCCAAGAAGCAGCACGCCCACUGGUGGAAGCGCUUCUUCCCGGACGGCUUCCAGGACCGCCUCGACGAGCUCUUUGUCGACUACGGCAUGGGCAACUACGUGGCGGUGCGAGGGCAGAAGGACGCCAAGAUCUUCGAGAGCAUGCCCAUCUACGUGCGGAUCGGCAUGCACCUGCUCUUCUACAAGAGCCGCGAGGCGUCGUUCCUGCGGUACGAGUCGGUCGAGGACCUGCUCAAGACCGUCUCGGUGCGCCAGGGCAAGGUCUACGACGACUCGUCCGACCCGCAGGCGGUGCUGGCCCACAUUGCCAGCUUUGUUCAGACCUACAACAUCGACCUCGGCGAGCUGCUCGAGCAGGACCUCGCGCGCUACCCGAGCUUCAACAGCUUCUUCUUCCGCCGCCUCAAGCCGGGAGCGAGGCCCCAGGCCGAGCCCGCCAACGCCGCCGUCGUCGCGUCGUGCGCCGACUGCAGGCUGACGGUGUUUGACAACGUCGCCCAGUCGCAGCAGUUUUGGAUCAAGGGCCAGGCGUUUGCGCUCAACCGCCUGGUCGGCGACACCAACCUCGCCGAUCGCUGCUUCCCCCCGGGCAGCUCACUUGCCAUCUUCCGCCUGGCCCCCGCCGACUACCACCGCUACCACCACCCGGUCGGGCCGGUCGUCUGCGGUCCGACCCGCCACUGCGCGGGCGAGUACUAUACGGUCAAUCCGCAAGCCGUCAAUGCAGACUUUGACGUCUUUACCUGCAACCGGCGCGACGUGCUGCUGCUCGACUGGUCGCCGAAGCCGGAGGGCGAGCGUUACACGGUGGCCUUUGUGGCCAUCGGCGCGAUGCUCGUGGGCUCGAUUGGCUGGGUCAACUCGACCCAGGGCAGCUCGGCGGAGCGCGGCGACGAGCUCGGCUACUUUGCCUAUGGAGGAUCGACGGUGAUCGCCGUCUUCCCGCCCUCGGCCAAGGUGCAGUGGGACCGCGACCUCCUCGACAACUCGACGGCCGGGCUCGAGACGAUUGUGCGCGUCGGCGACCGCAUCGGCGUGUCGACGGCCUGA